AUGGACACCACCGAGAUCAAAACCGCCGCGUCGGCAUCCACGGGGCUGCCCGGAGGUCCAGCCGGCGGCACCAUCCGCCUCGACCCGGAAUAUGCAGCUGCCGUCCAAGCACUCGACAUGUCUGGUGUCGAGAUACCUGUCAUGAAGACCGCCCAAGACGUACGCGCCUUCAGUAACGUCGUAAUGAGAAUGGCUCUCGGGAGAGAACCCGACCCCGCGGCCGAGCAAGUCGUGGAGACCAAGCACGAGAUUACCACCCUCGAUGGGUCCUCCAUCAGCGUCUCGCGCUUUGCCACGCCGGAGCACCGCAGUCAGCUCAGGGAAGGCGAGGCCUUGCGACCUGCGGUGCUGCAUGUUUUCGGCGGCGGAAUGAUAAGCUGCAGUGUCGAGAUCUUCACCCCACUCUUCAGGAGGAACACCAAGCGCUGGGACGUCCAGACAUUCGCGGUGGACUACCGAGUCGCACCUGAGAACCCCGCGCCGGGGCCAGUGGAGGACGUCUACGCGGCUCUCAAGUGGCUGUCGGCCAGCGCAGAGGAGUUUGGCGUCGACCCUGCGAGGCUCAUCAUCUGUGGAGACAGCGCAGGCGGGGGCAUCGCGGCGGGCACUGCACUACUGGCGAGGGACAGAGGACUCCAGCCACCGCUUGCAAAGCAGGUUCUGAUCUACCCGAUGCUGGACGACCGCACAAUCGGGAGGUACGGCCCCGGCUGGGCGGUGAGGAAUUUCCUGGCCUGGGACGAGAACAACAACAAGAUCGGCUGGUCUGCGUAUGUGGGCGAGGACAAGGCCGGCAAGGACAGCGCGGAUGUGAGCAUCUAUGCUGCGCCGGGGCGCGCGAGGGUGGAGGAGCUGGUUGGGCUGCCCAGGACGUACAUCGACACACCUGGCUUGGACCUGUUCUGCGACGAGGAUCUGAGAUAUGCACAGGCUCUGCUGCAGGCCGAGGUCGAGGUGGAGUUUCACUUAUACCCGGGCGUGCCACAUGGUUUCGAGAGCUCUGUCACGCCGGGGGUGGUGGCGAGGGCGCUCGACAACCGGACCAGGGCGAUCAAGUCGGUGUGA